CCUCGGAGCGUCUGCAGAGCCGCGGAGGAGCGAGAGAGGGAGGCAGCCUUGCCUGGGAACUACUGUCUCCCGCGCGCUCCUCCCAGUCCGGCCUUUCCGCUCCCGGGCUCUUUCUUCGGCGCUCGGCUCCGGAAAGCAGCGCGAAGUGCACUUUGAAACUUACGGCUUGCUCGGUUCUCAACUUUUGGGGGGAAGGACUGCGGGCGAGGGGGUCUCUGAGCGUGCGUAGAGUGCCCUCAGUGCUGAGGACCUCGAGAAGCCAAACCUGCUGGCCUGCCCGCCCCUCUCCCAUCUGCUGCAGAGUGGACUUUCAUCGCCCGGAGCGGCCCGCGGGGCUCUCGCCAUCGCCCCCCGGAGCUAGGGGCCACAGAUGCGGCCACGGCCUCGUGGAGGGAGGGGUCCCGAAUAUUCCCUUCCAACCCUCAUGCUAUGGGACCAGCCAAGGUUUGGCGCUAACUCCGCAGGCCGUUGCCCUAGCCUGGUUGUAGGGCUCAGACAAGUGAGAGGGAAAUGCUCUCUGCACGCGCUCAGAAGCAUCCUGGUCUUUAGGCUUAUGCCAGGAGUAGGUCCUGGAAUUGAAAACUGGUCCCCAGGUUGAUUCUGCUCACAGGGCCAGGACAGGUGUGUGAGUGUGUAAUUCAAUGCCACCGCAGGCCUGACAGUGGUGCAUGCUUCACUGCAGACAACUUUCCUUCUGAAUUUUUAACCAUGUUUUGGAAGCUGGCAAAGCCAUGCCAUGGAGUUGGGUUACUGGUACUGCCAUGAAACUAGACCCUGGUCUGGAAAAAACAAACAAACCAGCCCUUGCUUGUGUUCCUGGAAAAAAAAAGGUUUCAGGAGAGAGAGAAGGAAUCGGUUAUUGUUUUUGGAAGCUGAUUAUAAUCCGCAACUUCAGCUCUUAAGAGCCUGAGAGUAGCCAGCAAAGAAACAUGGAUAUAGUAUUUAACCAUCUUGAUAGCAUUUAUAUCCCAAAAGGCAGGAUAUAGAUCAGUGUUAUAAUUAAAAUAAAAUAAAAGCAACAAUUAAUAUUAAUAAAGCUAAUUCAGCAGCAACAAUAUUAGACAGAAAUCUGAAAACAGCCAAACCAUCAAGAGCAAAGAAGAGUUAAGAGGCAGAAACAAUUCUUGAAAGCCACCCUAAACAAGAAUGUUUUUUUAAAAAAACCUUGUUGAAUAUGCAAAGUGGGGGGGGGAUUGCUGCAUCAUCUGCAGGGCACCGUCGCCCCCAGUGGUUAAAUCUGGCUCUUCCCAGGAAUGAUUCUGACUCUUUUUCCAUCUGCUCCCACGGUAAUGAAGGCUUUCACAUUGCUUGCCCUUUCGUGCACAAAUAAAGUCCAGCAAUCCUUGAGACAUAGGAAGUGGCAGGCCUACUAACUGUGACACAAGCAACACUGUCUUUUUUUCUUCUUUUUAAAAAAAGGCAAUGGAAUUUGUCGCCUAUUCCAUCUCCUCCCCAGCCCUUUGCAGGGAAAAAACAAACACCUUAGUCUGAUGAAUUGGGAGAGCGAACACUACAAAGGCUUUGGGAUAAGUUGGACAUUUCUACAGACAGGGAGAUCAGGAUCUCCUGGUAGAUCUCUGCAUCGUUUGCUUUCCAUUAGAUCAGCAAGGUUUUCUGACUCCCAAUCGUUUUAACAGCAAGAAACGGAUGCCCAACCCUAAAUUAUAUUGCUGAAAUGAAGUGUAACCAGCAAGAGUGUCUGCAGAAACAUUUCUAGGGGAUAGGCAAAGUCUGAGUUGUUUCUGCAGGUCGUUGGCUAUCUGCUCCACCCAUUGAAGUGCCCCCACCCCACCCUACCCUGCAGACACCUUUGCUGACCAGGAGUGGAUUAUUGUGUGGAAGAAGUAUGAGUUCUGUUCAGUUAUGGCAGUCAAAAACAAAUUCCUAGGCUCAGCAUUCUUAAUUCUAAGUGUCCAUCUUUUGGACUAGGAUCUGGUUGGUAGGGCUUGGGGUUCUACUAAAAGAAAGCAAUCUCACAAGUCUGCAGCCUGCUCACCCCUGCAUUAAGGCAAGGCUGUGUUAGCAUUGUACUAACCAGAUUCUAAACCCAGAAAAGCUGAGUUCUGUGAAUUAAGUGACUUUUAAGGAGCUGGUGCAGAUCAAGGUAUCUCUCCCCAGAAAAACUCUGAUUGUGAUUAUUUUAUUGUGCCCAGACAUAAGUUCCUUUUGGAAUAAUAUGACCCUUACAACUGAUCACUUUCCAACUUACUUUUAUCAUGAGCAUGACUCCUCUAGUUUUCUGAUAUUUCACCCAACUGCAUGAUUGCAAGUUUGCCUGCAGCCAUGAGGGCUGUGAACUUGACUUCAAAGAAAAAGAGUGUUGUGACAAUUGGGAUGCUGUAGUUUGCACCAAACAACAAACAACUUGCAGGCCCUUCAUCACAGAUGUGCAGAAUUAACCUGCAGUCAAGCCGCUGUGCUUUGAAAAGAAAAUCAAACAGAUGCAUACUGCCAAUUAUAAUUUAUGGGAGCACUUUGAAUAUGCAGAGUACUUUGACAGUCUUCAAAAAGUGUCAUGGCCACCUUGCUGAUCUCUGACAUCCUGCAGUUUUAGCUGAGAGCCAAUUCAGACUUCACUUUCUUUGUCUUUUUUCUUGUGGUAAAAUGAAUACAAUUCCAUGCUUUACAACAGCUUCUGCAUUCCUGAUAUGUUAGAGCGCAAAAAAAAAAACACCACCAAAAUAAAUAAAAAACAAACAAAAAUAGUUUGCCAAUCUUGAUUAUAUAUUUUUAAAAAUUACUCUGAGCAUGUUUAGUUUUGCAUUUUAAACUCAUUUGGAUCAUAGCACUGACUUGGUAACGAAUAAAAUGGAGUGUGCUUCUGCUGCCCCGAUGCUGAACACAUCUACUUGGGAAUUUGCACAGUUUUGUUGCAGGAAGAGUAAUUUAAAAGUAAAAAUAAUGAAAUGAGCAUCUAUACCCAUAUACAUGCCCAGCCAGCCACCCUUUGACUAUAAAACGUAGGUUCGUAACCUGCGGUCCAUGGACCUCAUGGAUGGGCAUCAGGGGAUCUGUGAACGGAGCACACACAUACACACACACACAUCAAGUUCCAAUGCAAUAAAAUAACUUGUAUUUAUUUAUGGGGCUCCAUAGCUUUCAUCAGAUUCUCAAAUGUGUCCCUGAAAGUGCUAUAAAAUCUUCUUUAAGAUAAGAAAGAAACAAUGCUGCCCUCAAAAUCUGCCACUCCGGAUGGUUCUUCGGGUCCUGAACUCUGGCUGUGCUUCCAUCAGCCCAAAGGAGUUGUAGCCCGAAACAUCUGGAGGGCACCAGGUUGGCAAAGGCUUGCUUAGAAAUUUUUGGCUGGAGCAGCAGGCAUAAGGGGCAUCAAGGGAGAACGGGCGCUCUUGUCUCCAUUGCAGGGUAACCUGCUUAUUGACAUGUGCCAGCGGCAUGUGCUUAUAGCCAGCUAAGUUAUACUCAGACCCAUUGGAAUGAGUGGACUGAGGUUAGUCAUGUCCAUUGAUUCCAGUGGGUCUCCUCUUGAAUAGGACUAAUUUAAACUGUGGGGCUUUUUAUACACAAUUUAGAAAAGGAACUCAAGGCCUGAAAACGAAUCCAGUACUGAAAAAAAUGGAACUGGACUGCCUUCCAGUCGAUCCCAACUUAUGGCGACCCUCUGAAUAGGGUGUUCAUGGUAAGCAGUAUUCAGAGGGGGUUUCCCAUUGCCUCCCUCUGAGGCUAGUCUUCCCCAGCUGGCCAGGCCCUGCUCAGCUUGCCACAGCUGCACAAGCCAGCCCCUUCCUUGUCUGCAACUGCCAGCUGGGGGGGCCACUGGGCCCCUUGGGACUCUGCAGCUUGCCCACAGCUACACAGGGGGCAGGGCACGUAACCCCUGAGCCACUCACUGUGGGGUGUUCUUUGGCUGGCCCUUGACACCCAGGAGACACGAGCGGGGAUUUGAACUCGCAGACUCUGGACUCCCAGCCAGGCUCUCCUCCCCACUGUGCUGCUACUCAUGACUCCAUAAUGGCCACAUAUUUGUCUGGGCCUCUAGCAACAAAGAUGGAUCCUGGAGCACCCCCAGACUACGGACCUGCUCUUUCAGAGGGAGCACGACCCCAUCCAAAGCAGGCAACUGACCAAUUAUAUGAACUCGGGAACCGCCAACCCACAGCGCCUCCGUUUGACUUAAACCCUCAGAUAGCUUUUGUCAGGCUAAUACCCUCCAGUUGUGGUUGGACUGGCUGGGGCUGAUGGGAUUUGUAGUCCAACUACAUCUAAAGGGUACCAGCCUGGCAAAACUAUAUUUGUCCCAUUAUUCCUCCUGCUGACUCAUGUUGCCUUGGAGCAUUUAUAUAUAGAUUAGAUAUAGAUAUAUUAUGGAGCUCCCAAGGCCACUUGCAACCCAAAUGGGUCAGGAAGAGAUGCUUUUGGGGACGCUGCCAAACAGAGACUUCCUCUACACCCCUUUUCCAGCCCUAUCUUCAACCAGCAUACCCUCUACACCCCCUUCCCCAGUUCUACAACCAGCAUACCCAACAGGCGGCAAACGGGUGUUGAAAUCUCUCUGCCGCACACGCACAGUUGAAAAGUUGUUUAGAUGUAAUGUGUUCCUGGAGGAAGAUCUCUUCCCCCCCCCCUCCAGAUGGGAAUGAUUUAUGCUUGUUUGUUUUGGGCAUGUGUCCAGCUCAGAUAAACAGAAGCAGAGCUUCAAGGAACCAUUACUUCUUCUCCACCGCAAAUGGGCUGGGCACUCAGAGGCCAGCCGGUCAACACACUUUGGUGCAGGAGCAAAAACAAAAAAGAGAGAGAGUGCUUAAUCUGGGAUCAGUUCUCUCUCUCUGUCUCUCUCUGCUGUUUCUUUGGCAGAAGAUGACUCUGAACACCCAGCGAGGAGGCAGCGUGAGCCCUACCCGGAGGCGGGCUAGCACCCCGCUCCCCAUGCACUACGGCUCCCGCCCAGGGAUGCUGAGCAUUCGUCCCAGCCAGGCUGAACCCAGUCACCCACAGCUGGUACACUCCUCCUCCUGUGAGCCCAAAGUCCGCUUGCCCGAGCCGGGCGGCAGCUGGUCAUCCGGCUCCUCUGACUCGGAGGAGUCCUGGGAAUCUUUGUACCGCGUGGUGCUUCUGGGCGAUCCUGGUGUCGGCAAGACCAGCUUGGUGAACCUCUUUGCUGGGCUCCAAGACAAGGAUCCGCCGGAACAGCAGCGAGAGGACGCCUACGAGCGCACCCUGUCUGUGGAUGGUGAGGAGACCACGCUGAUGGUGAUCGACACCUGGGAAGCUGAGAAGCGGGCCCCAGAAGAAGACAACUGGUUCCACAACUACUGCAUGCAGGUGGGCAAUGCCUACGUCAUCGUCUACUCCAUCACUGACCGGGGGAGCUUCGAAAGUGCUUCGGAGCUGCGGAUCCAGCUGCGCAGAACCCGCCAGGCGGAGAACAUCCCCAUCAUCUUGGUGGGGAACAAGACAGACCUGGUGCGCUGCCGCGAGGUUUCUGUAGAAGAGGGCCGGGCCUGUGCCGUGGUCUUUGACUGCAAGUUCAUCGAGACGUCGGCUGCCCUCCAGCACAACGUGACUGAGCUCUUUGAGGGGGUGGUGCGGCAGAUCCGCCUGCGCCGGGACAGCAAAGAGGCCAACCAGAGGCGCAUGUCGCUCUACAGGCGCAAGGAGAGCCUCACCAAGAAGGUGCGCCGCUUCCUGGACAGGCUGGUGGCCCGCAACAACAAGAAGGUGGCCCUGAAGGUCCGCUCCAAGUCCUGCCACGACCUCUCCGUGCUUUGAAUGAACCAAACGCUGCUUUCCUCCUCCUUCGGCAAUUCCCUCUGGUUCUUCCAGGAGGCUGGGUCUUCAUCUUCGUUGGGGUUUGCCAGUGCCCUUCUUUGCUGAUGUCUCUUAGGACAGGAAAAGCAAAGAACUAUAGGCAGCCAGAAGGCGUUCUGCAGGCUCUAGAGCCAUUUUGGGGCAGGGCAUGCCUUAGAUUGACAGGCCAGUUUGCCGGCACCUGUGACUGCUUAGGAGGGCAGCGCAUUAAACAAGGACCAUUGUGCAAAUCUUGGGGGAGAUGGAUUCUCGCCUGCGGUUUUGCUUUGGGGAUGAGAGAAACAGGCCAGAGCAGGGCAUAAUCCUGCGCGUGCCUCUUGUCCCCGCUGACUUCUGAUGUUGUCCUUUUGACUCGGGGAUGUCUGCUGUGUCUCCGAGACAGGGCUGUAGCUGAUGCCAGGUUAACAUUCACCCUUGUACAGAGACAGCCUGAGUUGGCUGCUUGGAGUAUGUCUUUCAUUCGGCAGCGACUUUCAUUGGUACUGACAGGGCCAGGUUAAGCAUUCAUUUGAACGAAUCAGAGGCUGCUAGCCAGAUGGCUGUGCUUUUUCUCCAUGGUUAGAAGCAGUAUGCUGAUGGGCUUCCCAUUGGGGCAUCUGGCUGGCCACUGUGAGAACAGGAUGCCGGACUAGAUGGGCUAUUGGCCUGAUCCGGGAACAGGGUUCUUCUUCUUAUGCCAAAUGCUCUAUAAAGUAGUGGCACCAUCUGACACGGCGAAGCCUGUUGCAUUAUUUGGGGGUUCCCUUUUGGGAAUCUUAUUUCCAGCUCGCUCCUACCAAGUCGCUAAAAUUCUACAGCCUAGAAGAUGGUGGCUGUUCUCUCCUUAAGGUAGGCAGAACCAGUGAUUAUCCCCCUUCCUUUCUUUGGAUGCAAUGCAACUUUAAAUGCAGGUGCCCUGGUCAGGAGCAGAAAUGGAACCCCUUCUCUACUACAGAAGGAGUAGACAGGAAUGGGGGUGGCUGGGGUCAUGUGGUUUUGUGCCCACCUGCAUGUGUGAAUGCUGGAAGGUGGCGGGGCGGAGGAAGGAGACUGUGUUUUCUGGCUAAGGAUGUAGGCUCUGGGCUGUGGUCCAGCUUUGCAGAGUCCUAGUGCUUUGCUUUGGUACUGGAGUGCCUUACUAGGUGAGUUCCCAGGUGGUGGUUGGCAAAUCAACAAUGGAGAGCCAUGAAGGUGGGCUUUGAGAGGAGGAGAGGGGCUUCAUGUGGCUUUAUCCACUCCAGGGAUAAAGUUCCUAGUGCUAGUCAUGAAAGGGAAUCUGCAGCUGUUGAAUUUCUGCCUCCGGAGCCACUGAUAAAGGCAAAAGGCCCUGCCAGGAACAACAACAGAAAAGAAACCACACAAAUGCAGGUGCAGAAUGGCUGUAGUGAUGUACUACAUCCUGCAAGUGUUGGGCAUCGUAUCUCCAUUAGGGAUAUGUUGACAGGUCCAAGCCAAGGAUGACUCAAAUGGGCUUGUGCUCUUGUGUCUUGGCUCCCGGCAAGCCAUUUUACUCCCGGUGUUUUUAUGGUUGUCAUCUUUGUAUAAAUGCAGUCAGCUUUCCACAACCACCCAAGUUGGAAAAGGAACAAACAAGAGGCGGAAAACUCCUCUGUUUUGAGCGACUGCGUGACACUAUUCAGCUGCUUGCAGAGGGAAGGUUGGGGAACUUUUUGCAGCCCAAGGGCCACAUUCACCCUCCAAGGGCCACAUGCUAGUGGGGGAUGGGGCCAGGGGCAAAAGUGGACGGAGCACGGACACAAUUGAGGAGGGUGCAAAGCAGGACACUGAGGGUUGUGGCCCGGGGAGAGUGCCGAGGGCCACACGGAGAGGCCUGGAGUCAGCCGCAAUAGCAGUUUGGAAAACUAAGAGGCAGGCAGGGAGCAAGUCAAGUGUCAACCUCAAAAAGGAUGUCAUAGAGCUGGACAUUGUAGUUCAGAAAACGGCAGGGAAAAUGAUUGGGGAUGGAGCGACUCCCCAAUGAGGAAAGGUUGCAGCAUUGGGGGCUUUUUUAGUUUAGAAAAAAGGCAAGUUAGGGGAGGGGGCAUGAUAGUGGUACAAAAUGAUGUAUAGCGUUGAGAGAAAGUGUACAGCCAGGCUUGUUCUCCCUCUCUCUUAUAAUACUAAAACAUGGGGACAUUCGAUGACGCUGACUGUUGGAAGAGUCAGUGCAGAAGGAAGAGAGGAAUUCUUCAAACAGGGUGCAGUUAACACUGGAAUUCUCACCCACUCGAGACGGGGAUGGCCACAAACUUUGAAUGGCAUUAAGAACCUAAGAAGAGCCUGCUGGAUCAGGCCAGUGGCCCAUCUAGUCCAGCAUCCUGUUCUCACAGUGGCCGUCUAGAUGCCCCAAUAGGAAGCCCAUAAGUAGGACCUGAGUGCGAAAGCACUCCCCCGCCCACCUGCUGUUUCCAGCAACUGAUAUUUAGAAGCACACUGGCUCUGACUGUGCAGGCAGAGCAUAGCCACAGUGGCUACUAAUCAGUGACAGCCUCACUAAUGUUGGUCCAACAUCCAAGUUGGUGGUCAUCUCUGCCUUUUGUGGGAGUGAAUUCCAUAGUUUAACUCUGCAGUGUGAAGAACUACUUUCUUUCAUCUGCCCUGCAUCUUCCAACAUUCAGCUUCGUCGGAUAGCCUUUAAAAAGAAGAUUAGAGAAAUCCAUGGAGGAUCAGGCUACCAUUGGCUACUAGCCAUGAUGGCUAUGUUCUGCCUGCAGGAUGCCUCCAAAUACCCAUUGCUGGGAAUCGCAAGUUGAGAGAGGCCGUUUCACUCCGCUCCGACAUGCCCAUUUCCCAUGGGUAUCUGAUUAGCCACUGUCAAAAUGGGAUUCUGGACAAGAUGGAACUGGGCAUGUUUAGCCUGGAGAAGAGAAGACUGAGGGGAGAUGUGAUAGCACUCUUCAAGUACAUGAAAGGUUGUCACAACGAGGAGGGCUGGGAUCUCUUCUUAAUCAUCCCAGAGUGCAGGUCACGGAAUAAUGGGCUCAAGUUGCAGGAAGCCAGAUUUCGACUGGACAUCAGGAAAAACUUCCUAACUGUUAGAGCCAUACGGCAAUGGAACCAAUGACCUAGAGAGGUAGUGGGCUCUCCGACACUGGAGGCCUUCAAGAGGCAGCUGGACAGCCAUCUGUCAGGAAUGCUUUGAUUUGGAUUCCUGCACUGAGCAGGAGGUUGGACUCGAUGGCCUUAUAGGCCCCUUCCAACUCUACUAUUCUGUGACCUUCGGCCUGAUCAAACAAAGGUUGUUUUAUGGUCUUAACUAGGGGUGCAAUGGGGAGCUGGGGGUGAGGACUAUCUUCUUCUGCCCUUUUUACUUUUUGGUAAGAGUCUGCUUGUUUCCAGUGGGCACUGCUUGUAUAUUUGUAAAUAAAGCAACUAUGACAGAGA